GUCUGAAGUACAAGUUGGAGAAGACCUGAUGACAAUCAAGGAAAUGUGCAGGGAAAUUGUGUAUUUAUUUCAUUUUAUUAUAUUUAGGUAAAAUGGGCCGAUGGUCUACGGGUAAGAGGCGGGGUAUAUCCCAGACAGGUCGCCAGUCCAUCACAGGACAACACAGAUACACACAGGACAAACAACCAUGCACACAUCCAUUCACACCUAAGGGCAAUUUAGAGAGGCCAGUUAACCUAAUACACAUGCUUCUGGACUGUGGGGAAAAGCCAGAGUACCCAGAGAGAACUCAAGCAUGCUCAAGGAGAACCCCAGCGCUAAGUCAGAAUCAGGAUCUUCUCGUUGCAAGGUAAAAGUGCUACUCACUGCUCCACCAUGCAGCCAUUACAUUAUAUUAUAUAUAGAAAAGCUUCUGCAUAGAAUUUGAAAAUUUCCCAUGUGCAUUUGUGGGUUCUCUCUGGGUACUCCUGUUUCUUCUCUUAGUCGAAAAACUUUAAAGAUUAAUUGGUCUCUCUGGUGACCUGUCCAGGGUGUACACUUUACCUCAACCACCCAAUUUACUUGAGUGACGUAUAGUAUACAUAUAUAUGCAAAACCAUAAUGAAAAAAAAAUAUUACAUUGUAUUGUAUAAUGCAAACAACGCUAUAGCUUGAAUUGAGUGGGGGUGGAAUUUGAUAAGUGGCUUUUUCAUUCCACUCCCAAUAUACCCGUGUACAUGUUGUCUUUAAGAAUGAUUUUGCUUGUAUACUUUUUUUAAUAAAGUAAAAAACUAAAACAAUAAACAAAAGAAACAAACAAAAAUUGUUGAAUUGCAACAUGUUAAGGCGUAUUUAAUAGUUUCUCCUGGUCCAUGAUUUUAAAACUGUAUGUUUUCUUGUUUUUUUCUCUUCUUGUAUGUAGUCUCAUGAUAUUUUAAUUCCGUUUUGGAGGUGUGAAUAAUGAUCGACAACAAGACAAACAUGCCAAUAAAUCCCUUGCCCUUGUCUUUGUCCGAUUUCACAGAAGUAUGACACAAAAUAAAAAUCACCUGGGACACCGAGUACACACAUUUGUGCCAAAAAUAUUAAGCCCAGCUUUCAUUUAAAAAAUGCCCUGACAGUAAACUUUUCUAUUUUCUGAACGGAGAACAUUAAACACAAAUAAAUAUUCCCAGCUGUUCAUAAGAUAUUUCUUCACCUGAAGCAAUACUUUUACAGAAUUGCCUCAGUUCUACUUCUAACGGAGCAACACUAGGGGGAGCUAAGCAGCCGUAAAGAGGCAGCUGGCUACAGAAAGCUGCAAAUUCUAGGUGGUGCGGUGGCCCACACUUAUCUGCUCGAGAUAUGAAAAUGAAUUAAUAAAUAAAUAAAUAAAAUCUAGCCUACGUAAAGUUGGCGCGCAUUGCUUGUUUCUGAAUGGAUCAGGGCGUAUAAAAACAUGUCACUACUACUAGAACACUCCUGUGCCAGUGGUGCGCACUAAACUGUUUCUCUGGCACAGUAAAGGGGAGCUGUAUUUGAAUACAACGCACAGCUUAUAUUUUCAGUCCUAAGCCCUCCCCCUGAGAGGAGGAAGAACGCAAAGUUGGCACUUGGAUGAGACCUCUCUGCGUAAAAGGAGCGACCCUGGAUCGUGCAUUGCGCAGAAUCUCUGCUUGCUUACGAUUAAUUUACAGAAGAGAGGCGCAUCUCCAUCUCACAGAAUGCAAGAAUAGCGCGCUGAAGAGCGCUGCAUGGUUUUGGGCACGGAGGACAAAAAGUUGCGCAAAAAGCCCAGUCCUGCGCCAGGAGAACCCUAUUGUUGUCGGUUAGGCGAGUGGAAGGAUGUCGGCUCUACGGAGGAAAUUUGGCGAGGACUAUCAGGUGGUGAACACCAGCAGCAGCAUGACUUUUUCUGCGCAGGUGAAGAGGAAGCGGCAGCGCUUCGUGGAGAAGAACGGCCACUGCAACGUCCAGCACGGUAACCUUGGCGGAGAGACCAGCAGGUACCUGUCCGAUCUCUUCACCACGCUGGUAGAUCUUAAGUGGAGGUGGAACCUGCUCAUCUUCAUCCUCACCUACACGGUGGCGUGGCUGGUCAUGGCUUCGAUGUGGUGGGUGAUCGCGUACAUCCGCGGGGACCUGAGCAACACCGGCCACGACCCGUCCUACACGCCGUGCGUCGCCAACGUGUAUAACUUUCCCUCCGCGUUCCUGUUCUUCAUCGAGACCGAGGCGACAAUCGGAUAUGGCUCCCGCUACAUCACCGAAAAGUGCCCAGAGGGCAUCAUCCUCUUCCUUUUCCAGUCCCUGCUGGGUUCCAUCGUGGACGCCUUCCUGAUCGGUUGCAUGUUCAUCAAGAUGUCGCAGCCGAAGAAGCGCGCAGAGACGCUCAUGUUCAGCCAGGACGCCGUCAUUUCGCAGCGGGACGGAAAGUUGUGCCUCAUGUUUCGAGUGGGAAACCUGCGGAACAGCCACAUGGUGUCCGCGCAGAUCAGGUGCAAACUCAUUAAGUCUAGACAGACCCCAGAGGGAGAGUUCCUGCCCCUGGACCAGUGCGAGCUGGAUGUUGGUUUUGGCACGGGGGCGGACCAGCUUUUCUUGGUGUCACCUCUCACCAUCUGCCACGAGAUCAACACUAAGAGCCCAUUCUUUGAUCUCUCCCAGCGCUCGCUCAUGAACGAGCAGUUUGAGAUAGUAGUUAUUCUAGAGGGCAUUGUGGAAACCACAGGUAUGACAUGCCAGGCAAGAACAUCUUACACUGAGGAUGAAGUCUUGUGGGGCCAUCGGUUUCUCCCUGUCAUGUCUCUAGAAGAAGGAUUUUUCAGAGUAGACUACUCCCAAUUCCACAACACCUUUGAGGUCCCCACACCUCCCUACAGUGCCAAAGAGCAGGAGGAGAAAUCCUCUCUGACGUCACCGACUUCCAUACCCAUUGCUCCCUCUCUCCCUUCCCCUCCAAUGGGUAACAGAGUGGGCCGCCGGGAAAGGCUCCUGUCGGCCGAUCACGCAGAGCACCCAGAGGACCAGGCCUCCAGGUUGCCCAGCAAACUCCAGCGGAUGAGCUCCACCAAGGAGGAGCAUCUGUGGAGGGCGCUGAAAACAGGGACGGCAUUACCUGGGGGUAAAGCCUCCAGCACAGGAGACCUUUCGCUCAGUAUCCAGCGGCUCAGGUCCAGCUCCAUCCCCGCCGUGAGGCAAGGACAGCCUGAGGAGCAAGUCAAGCUCCUGUCCCUUGAUUUUAAUGCUGAGGAAGGGGAUCAGGUGAAACACAGACAGCCAGCAGCAAUUAGCACCAUCACCGCUGCAACACCAGCCCCAGUCCAAUUCCCCCUGGUGGGGAGUCGGCCAGAGGACAAUUUACCCCCAAAACUGCGCAAAAUGAACGCUGAUCGCUGAUAAAAACUCUAAAAACUCAAACAGUCUUGAAGGACAUUGCAUAAAAUCAAAGACUACUGUGACCUAGGUUUUCUCCCCCCUCUGCAGUUUUGGUUCUUUACAAUUCUUACAAUUCUUUACAAUUUACCAAUUGACAAUUUGGUUCUUUUCGAUUGCCACAAAUAGGAAGAUGCCAAUAAGCCAUCCAUCCGCUCAAACUGUGAGUCAGUUUUGAUAGAUCACCAUCUGUGCCCCCCCACAGACUUCUAACACUUAUCUCUGUGUGCUAUUUUAUGUUCUACACAGUUACAUAAAAUGCUCUAUUAUCUUAGUUAGCUGGUGCACCCUUUUCUAACUGAAAAAGCAACAAAGUGAUGAGUAAAUAAGCAGAACUGACCAUUUGCUAAACCUUCCCCCAAACCACUAGCUGACCAGACACACCUUAGCAAAAUAAAAAAGGAAAACGAUAAAGAAGCUAAUUAGAAGUUUUUUGUAAUUUUGUUAUUGAAGUUCUGAUUAAUUAAUUGAUUCAGUAUUUAUUUGCAAUGUUGUUUUUAUAUUAACUGACAUUUUUUGUUUUUCUGCAUUUAGCCUUUAGAGUUAGCCUUUCUCAGGAUUAUAUAUGUAGCCAUUACUGGUUGUACUCAUGAGUAUUUAUGAGCUACACCUUCAGAGAAGACCAGGAGAAACUAUAACUUGAUUGUUGAGUUGUUGGUUUUAUUGCGAAGUAGGGAUGAAUAAGACUCAAUAUGCUUGAUCAACUUGGUCUUUCUACUUGGCCUGUAGGGCCAAACAUUUGCUCUAAAUGGCAGCCCUACUCCAGAAAAGAAGUUUAGCCACUGUUUUCACCUCUUGUCAUGAUCCUAACUUUGCAACAGGAAAUAUUAAUCAUUCAGGGUUAACAUAAAAAACUGGUUGCCAUGGCUCACUAUUUUCUUUAACUGUCAUUAUUCACCAGGGUUAGGUGUUUGAGUUUCUUUUUUGUCUGUUUCUCUGCACUUUCUUGUUUAUGUCUUAUCUUUAGUUGCUGCUGUUCUAGUUCAUUCAUUAGGUUCUUGGUUCAUUAUUGUGUUUUGUUACAUCUAGAUAUUUGUUACUUCCCUGGAUAUCUCUGUGUUCCUGCUCAUCUGUGUUGAUUAGCAUCUCUUCUUCUGCUGGUCUGCAUUCUCCCUGCCAUAGCUGCUCCAUAUUUCAUCUGAUUAGCUGUUCUGGUUCAUUAAUCAUUUCUCCAGCCUGCCUCUGAAUAUAACCCGUUUGGUCUUCAUUGUUCUUUACUGGAUUCAACUGUUGGCUUACCUGCUCGAUGUCUGUUGCUUCCAUGCUAGUUACUCUGCCUCUGCUCUGUGUCUUACUUUUCCCUGUAAGGUACCAGUUUUCAUUAAAACAUUUCUUCUCACCAUGCUCUGACGCUCCUACUUGCACUUUGGUCCCCUGAACAACCAGCACUAACACAUUUCUGUCACAUUAGGACUUUUUCAAUGUCUUCUCAUACUGUGAAAGUUACACCCUGAGUGGUUAGCGUUAAAUUAAAGUCAAGAGCAGUAUGUCAUCCCUUCACAGCCCAUUACAUGCCAUGAAACUCACAACUCAUAAAUGCAUAAUGGGACUCAGUAUGUGCAAAUUAUAUUUAAUAAAACCAGCUAUAAUUAAAUUGCAUUUUUUGAAAUGGAAAAAAGUUUUCAAAUCUGCUGCCAUAAUUGCUGCAAACUGCACAUUCACAGUAUAGACUGGUACUAGAUUGAGAGAGGUAUGACAUGAGUGACUCACUGUUAAGUUGCUUACUAAAUCAGAUAGUUUUACUCUUCCAUCUCCAGAAAAGAGCAAAACAAUUAAGCUAUAAAAGAAUAAGUUGGGGUACUUUACUCAUUGUUAAUAUAAAAAUAUAGUAACUACUGUACUUUUAUAUAUGGUGCAUAUUAUUAUAUGAAGAACUCAGCUCUUCUGAGUUACAGGUGGAAUAAACCAGCUGGAAUGCCUACUGAAUUGGGAAUUGUGCUUUGGAAUAUUGGAGGUCCCUGAGCUACCUGGAGUUCAAAAUACAUUUUGCAGGAAAUGUCAGCCAUAUCUAAUUAUUCCAGUGGCAUUCAUAGGAAUGUACAAGCCCUAUUUGUGAGCAUGUUCCUUUAGAGUUUGAAUGCACAGGCUGUAAAUGGACAGGAAUACAACAUUAUUGUCUUGCAUUGCUAACAGUUGUUAGCCAUCCACAGCAAUUAGCAAAUCCUGCUGGUUUUGUGAUUUGCAACUAGAAAACUUCCAACUCAGGUGUCGUCUCAUUCUUAGAUCCGAGACCCGACUUCUGAGUAAGCACAGCAUAGGAUUAUAGGCAUAUUUGUGACCUAGCUCUGUUAACAUUUUCUUUUAUUUUGGCUCACAGGUUCUAAAAGUUUAAAUACUGGUUUCGACCUUUUAAUGUGUAAACUGAAAGCUGUUCCUAUCAAUACAUUUUGGUGGUUUCAAGGUUCAUUGGCUGGUAAAUUAGAAAAAAAAUAAAUUUUGGCUGAGAUUCUUUAAACUUUGGCACUAUUUUCUAUAUUUCUACAAACACUCUUCUGCUUAGACAUGAUUUUGAAACAUAUUCGGGUAACCUGUCAACAGCAAAACAUUUGAAACAGAUGGGGGAGCAAGGUUUAGCAUAUGGUCAGUCAUUUUGAUUUGGUUCAGAACUUACUGAUAAAAUAUCAGGUCAAGUCGGACACAUAUGCUUAAAAUAUUAAUCACUUUUUCUCUUUGUAUGUUAUUUUCAGUCUUGAUUUAAGCUGUUUGCUAUGUUUGAAUAACUCAAAUUUUUUGACGCAGUCCAUCACCUUGGUAGCAUGGUUGAAUACAUUGUGGAAAAUAAGUAUCCGAUUCCCUGCUGAUUUUCUAAGUUUGUUUUCUUUCAAAUAAAAGCAUAGUCUCUA